UAGAACUAUUGUUGUCUUCUUUCAGGCUAUAAUAACAUACAUAUCCGUUCACCCACCCACACCCAGCUCUACUUCUUGUCCCGCUUUGUCUGAUGACACAUAUUAGAAACGCCCUCCUGACAUAGACUACACCACCAGGUCCGAUACAACUCUAGAAUGCCAGAGCUUAGAUAUCCGGUCAGCUGAUAUAAAUGGGCUAUUCGCAGACGAAAACUGACUGGUAUGAAGCUGGUAUAGCAGAUAUACGAUUCGACAUUCCGCACACUGAAGUGUGGAAAAGUUGUCUGGCGUGCCGAAAUGCGUGAAUGCGACCAAAAUUUCAUUGAAUUAACUUACGCUGCCCCAAUCUUUCGCUUGGCUUAUACCGUCUUUUCGGAUAAAAGUAUUUAUCUUAAUAUUUUUUCUCUUAUUGCCAGUUUAUUAGUUCUGCAUCCGAUCAAUGCGAUUUGAAUGAAUUUAUAUGUGUUUGAAUCUGGCAGCUUAAAAAAAAAAUCCGAAGUUUCGAUUACGUGACCUUAUUCAGGUUAUUUUUGUGUAUAAUUGAGUAGCUGUGAAUGCAACCCUGCUCGAACAGCUGAGAAUGCAUUUACUGAAAUACUAAUUUUCAAUAGAAAACUUAAAUAUUAUUUGUGCUACAAAGCUAAUGGUAUUGUUUAUCAAUUUUCAUUAUUAUAAAAUUAGAAAGUAAAAAAAAACGUGGACUUAUUUUCCUAAAAUGUCCAUUAAUUCGUGUUGUAAUGAAGGGGAACGCAAUAAGAUACCAAGGAUUAUGACGUUCCGACCAAGCUAUGAAGAAUUUAAGAAUUUCUCUAGUUAUGUAGAAUACAUGGAACGACGUGGUGCACAUUUAGCAGGAUUAGCGAAAGUGAUACCUCCGCCAGAAUGGGUAGCACGUAAAUCUGGAUAUAAUAUAGAUAACAUUAACAUGACGAUACCAGCACCCAUUUGCCAAGUAGUAUCAGGUAAACAAGGUGAAUAUCAGCAAAUCAAUGUACAAAAACGUUCUAUGACGUUGAGACAGUUCAAAGAAAUGGCAGAAUCGGAACGAUAUCAAACGCCGCGACAUUUCGACUAUGACGAUUUGGAGCGUAAAUAUUGGAAAAAUGUAACAUACAUAGCACCAUUUUAUGCUGCAGAUGUAAAAGGAUCACUCAGUGACCCAGAUCUACGUGUUUGGAAUAUAAAUUGCCUGGACACUAUACUGAAUUACGUGAAUAAAGACUAUGGCAUUGAAAUUGACGGUGUAAAUACUGCUUAUCUAUAUUUUGGUAUGUGGAAAAGCUCUUUUGCUUGGCAUACCGAAGACAUGGAUUUAUAUUCUAUAAACUACCUCCACUUCGGUGCACCUAAAACUUGGUAUGCAAUACCACCAGCUUAUGGUAGGCGUUUGGAGACAUUGGCGAAUCGUCUUUUUUAUGAAAAUUAUCAAAAUUGUAACGCUUUUCUUCGCCAUAAAAUGACACUGAUAAGUCCACAGGUGUUGCGUCAAAACAAAAUACCAUUUAAUAAAAUCACACAGGAAGCCGGUGAAAUAAUGAUAACAUUUCCAUUUGGUUAUCAUGCCGGCUUCAACCAUGGCUUCAACGGUGCAGAAUCAACAAAUUUUGCUUCAAAACGCUGGGUGGAAUAUGGCAAGCGUGCGAGUAUUUGUAAUUGUCGAAAGGACAUGGUGAAGAUAUCAAUGGAAACAUUUGUGCAGCGUUUUCAACCCGAACGCUACGAGAACUGGCUCAAAGGUAUCGAUUUUGGUUGUCAUCCAGAAGAACCAGGAAAAAUUUGUGCAGCUCCACCACCCACGAUUAAUAAAUAUUAUUACGCAAAAAGACAGUCUGAGUCAACUGAGUCCAUAGCAACACAAAGCUCCACUUCCAAGACCAAGGAUACUUUGCAGAAGCGAGGAUGUUCUUCGCUUGCUGUGCCGGAAGAUACCACCAGUAAUGCUUGCUUUGCAAAAAUACCCAAAAUAAUUCUAACUAAAAUAGAUAGUGCUAGUAGUAAAAAUUUAGAUUUUAAUGCUAUUGCAGUAGUGCGACUUAAAAGACUUUGGGAUAACAUACCAUGCGAAAAAGAAGGAACCAAUCUUCUUACAAACGGCAUAAUAAAAAAUACCAAAAGGAUGCGCUUUCAAACGAAAACUAUAAAAUUGGACGACGAGGAAUAGUCUCAUGAUACAUUUUUAUUUAUGUUUCAUUGUUUAUGAUAUAUAAAUAUAUUCUUUAAGUCGUAUCAUGAGACUGUAACCCCAGCUUGAGUAUUAUGUGCUAGCAAUUUUAAGAAUGAAAAAAAAUUGUUUUUGGUCAUUAUCAAAUUGGUACAUAUAUUGACUAUUGUACGCGAUCGAUUUACCUCCUUACGUUCAGUUAUGUAAUUGACUUUUUGUAUCUUUUUUUUUAUGAAUUUCUCUUAAUUAAGUUUUAUAUAUGUAUGUAUUUUCUAGAUUUUUUUUUACGUAUUUGUAUAUUUAAAGAUGUGCGACUUUCCCUCAACUUAAGCUUUGUUUAUAUUUCUUAUAUAAAAACUUAUAAUUUAGUUAUAAUUUAAUACAAAUUUAGAUUCAUACGUGAAGACGUAUGGUUGUUAGGUUAAGUUGUACAAGGCUGACCUAGAAUUAGGUGUAGUCAUGAUUUUCAGUUUCCGUAGACCUUAGCGUUUCUUUAAAUAAAUUGGUCAACCAAACGUUUAUAAGUUUCGUACCGAGCGUUACGGAUUCUCAGAUUUCGUUAUUUUUUAUGAAUCGAAAUUUAACUUUCCUCUCACAUAUGUAGGUUGUGCCAUGCAUUUUCGAAAAUGCAAAUUCCUGUUUAAGUCAAGAAGCCGGAAAAGUCCUUGUACAACAACACGCAAUCAAUAGGGUUUGGAUUAUAUAAAACUGUUUUAUGGAAGCUUUUUCCAAAAACUUUUUUCGGUUGUAAUUUUGUGUGAAAGUCAUCUGAUCCCUUUUUUUUUAGAAUAGUAAGAAUGUAUGAAAUUAAUUUUGUAAGAAUUUGUAAUAUACAACAAAUACACAAA